UUAUCAACUUCAUUUGAGUUCUUUGUCCUCGUUGGACAUGAACUGUAGAGGGAAUCAAAACAUAUAAGCCGUUUUUCUUGCUGUUAAACCGGAUAGAACAAGCGGUUUGAGGACUUUGCUUUUCUCUUUGUUGCAGAAACAGAUGCUUCUUCCUGCUCACGUGAGAGUGAAACAUUCCCACUACAGUAAUGUGUUAGAUGAAGUAUGCGGGAUGUUUAUGCAGGCUGUUGACUGCAACAAGUCCGGCUAAUGCUCAGGAGAAACUUAGCCUGAUCACUGUGAUUGCAUGUUUAUUUUCUUGCCAAUGAAUGCCUGCAAAGUAAUGAACAACUUCAGACACGCUUAAUUAAUAAGGACAAAAUAUUUGCCUUGAAAUUUUCCUGUUUUUUGUUCAGUUCAGUGGUUGGCUCAUUUUUCAGUCUCUGAUCACCCAUUUGCAGGAUGAUGUCUUGGGAUGUCUUUUGGACAUGUCAUGUGACACAGAAGUGUCAAAGUACACAGUCUGCAGACUUUACUGACAGGAGCCUGUGAAAAGUGUGUGUUGUUGCACAGUUUAAAAAAAAUCCAGUUAUGAUUGAUGUUUUGUUUUGUCCAUUAAUACUGCUCAAAUACUGUGCAUAAUUAUUAGAAUUAAAAGCAUUAAAAAUGAGACCAAAUGCUAAAAUAUAGAUGUUUCCAAGCUUUGCUGACUUGUGAGUGAAAUGUUUUUUCAAUGUUUAAGAGCUGGGACCCACUCAACAAAUUCUGGCUGCCUUUGAACAGCGUCUUGGUUCAAGUUAAGUUUUCCAAGCAAAGAUCACCACGUCACCAUGUCCGGCGACUCAGACCCUUACAUCUUUUCCACCGACACCCUGCCCACUGACCUCCGCUUCCUUCCUCCACUGGCCAAUGGGCUUCUGGGAUGGAGGGUGUACAACAGCAUCAUGCACAUGGGUGGCGUGUAUAACGGGGAGGGUGGGCAGUGCCACCGAGCAGAUAUCCCCUGUCCUCUGGCUGUGGAGGUUGAGACGGAGGAACCAGCCCAGCACACCUACAGCCUGGACACCCACACAGGCAUUUUCAGCCACACUCUGAGCUCAGCCCGUGUGACCAUCUCACAGUCUUUGUAUUCACACCGAUACCACCCCAACCUGAUGGCGAUGGAGGUCCUGUUGGUGCGUCAGGAGACUUCAGAUAAGCCAAUCACUGUCAAGCUGAACAGUUCGUUCACACCUAAGAGCAAAGACAUUGUUUUCGAGUCUGGUCCUGAUUACAAAGGAGGAAGUCACAUCCAAGGAAAGACGAACAGGGCUGAGUUCCCAGGAGGUUCCUGUCCCACAGUGCACCUCAUCUGGACCCCCAUACCCUCCACUCUGACACUGUCUCCAGAACAGAGCCAGGCUCGCUGGGGCUUCAUCCUGGUUGUGGCCGACAGUUUAGACACUGUUGAGGCCACUUUCGAUGAGGGCCUGAAUCUGAUGGCAACUGGUAACCUGCGGCCGUCUCAUGAGAAGGCCUGGAGGGAACUGUGGCUGCACAGCAAGCUGGAGGCGACAGGGUCAGAGAUCCUCUGCAAGGCUCUGAUUGGCUGCAUGUUCUACCUCCUCAGCGCCUUCCCCUCCAUACAUGACACCUCCAGCUCGUUUGGCGGUGUCAGUCCAGGUGGGUUGUCCAACGGAGGGGAUGGGCAGGACUACUGGGGCCAUGUUUUCUGGGACCAGGACAUCUGGAUGUAUCCUGGCAUAGCCCUUUUCUAUCCCAAACUAGGCCGAGCUGUGCUGGAGUACAGGGUCGGGACUAUAGAUGGUGCAAAAGACAACGCCCAAAAGCAGGGCUACAAGGGACUGAAGUUUCCAUGGGAGAGCGCUGUGUCAGGGAGGGAGGUGUGUCCAGAGGACAUUUAUGGACAACAAGAGAUUCACAUAAAUGGAGACGUCGCCCUGGCCUUCCAACACUAUCUCUACCUCACUGAGGAUCUGCCCAUGUUCACAGAGGGUCGGGGCAGUGAGGUGGUGUACGGUGUGGCUGAUUACUGGGUUUCUAGAGUUACCUGGAAUCCCGAAGACCAGAAAUAUCAUCUCUUAGGUGUCAUGCCUCCUGAUGAGUAUUAUUACAACGUCAACAACUCUGUGUACACAAACACAGUGGCCAAAUACAGUCUCCAGUUUGCUGUAGAAUUGGCUGCUCUCCUCCAACAUCCUGCACCAAAGGAAUGGCAAGAAGUGGCCGAACACCUCAAAAUACCUUUUGACCAAGAAUCUCAGUACCAUCCUGAGUAUGAUGGCUACAUUAAAGGUCAUCCAGUGAAGCAGGCAGACGCAGUGAUGUUGGGCUAUCCUCUUGCUUUGCCAAUGUCCCCAGAGGUCAGGAGAAAUGACCUUGAAGCAUAUGAGCCAGUAACAGACCCUGGUGGUCCAGCCAUGACGUGGGGUAUGUUUGCCAUUGGCUGGCUGGAGCUAGGGGAGGCAGAGAAAGCUCACCAUUUACUUGAGAAGUGCUUCAAGAACAUCCAGGGACCGUUCCAGGUGUGGAGUGAGUCCUCGGAUGGCUCUGGUGCAGUCAACUUUCUCACUGGCAUGGGAGGAUUCCUGCAAGCAGUGCUGUUUGGUUAUACUGGCUUCAGAGUUCAGAGGGAAUGCCUGGCCUUUUCCCCACUUCUUCCCAAGGACAUUUCUGAGCUGUGCAUCCGUGGUGUGAACUACCUGGGCAGUCAGAUGGACUGGCUGCUGAGGGAGAAUGACGUUUGUAUCAUACUGAGGGAACAGGCGAGCAGUGCUGGCAACGCUAAGCCCUGUGAUCUACAGGUUGUCCUGAAGGCAUCAGGAACUAAAAUCCCUCUCACGCCAGGGCAGCCAGUGACUUUUCCACGAGAGCCCGGCUGUGUUUGUAAACUGGCUUCCACAUCUUCCUGCUGGCCUUUCUGAAACAGUGACUGUGACCCUCCUAAUCAUUUAAUUUCCACAGAAUUAAAAAUAUGUGGAGCAAUUCAUUUUAUCUAAGAUACUGUUAAGUUACUGUUAAGUUAGAUUUGCCUUUUUUAUCAUUCAGAGAUUAACAAACAUUUCUUGCGAUGUAUUUUAUCUUUAUCUGUUAUGAAACCAUAAGCCAAUUAUGUUGUUUUGUAAAUGAAAUGUACUCUAAUAAAACUCCUUCCUUUCUGUGCGAA